AAACUGUAGUAGCUCCCUUUGUUUGUUAGGUUGAUCUCGGGAUUUUACUAUAUGUGUAAGGCUCACGGAAUAAGAUCCGAAAUUCCUUGUUUCAAAAAGUUGAACCAACUUGAAUACAUCUUAAACAUUGAGGAGAUACGUGACAGCUGUGUCAGAAGUUGAUGUGGUCAGAAACACGAUGUUAAGUAUGGCGUAUUGUAAUCCAUCCGACAUGGAUUUUUUAGACACUGUUUCAAUGGACUCACAUGAUAUUCAGAGUGAGAUGGAGAAAAUUCUGGCCAAUGCCGAUUUUCUAAACAGUGAAAAUAGCAACCAUGGAAACAGUGCUUUUGAUUUUGACACCACUGGACCAAAUUCUAUUGAUGACUGGAUUCAGAAUAUUCAGUGGAAUGAGGUGGCAAAAGUGCACAAUGUCAUGGACUCUUCUUUUGAAAUUGACAAUAAUAAUCCAAACUUAAUUGUCAAUCCACAGUCUGUGAUGCCGAUAGCAGUUGCCCCUGCUCGUCACAGCUCUCCCAAGAAAACGGCAUUCUCACAGAUUGGCACACAGACAAAACCCAACUCAACAGCGGUGAAUGUACAGGGAUCUGUGUACGGUUCCGAAGCCCUGGGACUGAAAAUUGAAAAUGUUGUCAGCCUUAAUCCACAAUACAUAGAGAAAAACAACAAUUUGGCCACUACAAUAAAUUCUACAGUACAAGAGACUGCAAUGUCUGUACAGUCUCCCAGCAGAGUAUCGAAGCCUGUGACAGUGUCAUUAUCAAAUAGUGCUGUGUCAUCCAUCGACUUGAUGGAAGAGCAAGAAAAAGUGUACCCCAAACCUGUGUAUUCUUACAGUUGUUUGAUUGCCAUGGCGUUAAAGAAUAGUCGAAAAGGGAGUUUACCUGUCAGUGAAAUUUACAGCUUCAUGACAGAACACUUUCCCUACUUUAAAACAGCCCCAGAUGGAUGGAAGAAUUCCGUUAGACACAACUUGUCAUUAAACAAGUGUUUUGAAAAAGUGGAUUCACCAAAAAUGAAUGGAAAUACUAAGAAAGGCUGUUUGUGGGCCCUAAAUCCAGCAAAAAUUCUAAAGAUGGAGGAUGAAAUUGCAAAACACAGAAAAAAGGACCUCGACUCCAUUCUCAAAAGCAUGUCAAAUCCAGAUAAACUGGAGCUAAUUGAGGCUGGAAAGGCGGGACCACCAGGAUCACCAAAGGAAGACACACCCUCCCCAAGUCAGCCAAUCAGAGAGGAGAAGAACAGCUUCCUGUCCUCUGAUGUCGGCAUUCUGGAAAACGGAAUCGGUCUCGAACAAGGACUACCAGAUAUUAGCUUUCCGAGCUCUGGUAUUUGGGAUGAGAUUCGCAUCGAUUCAGUGACAUCACCCUCCACCACACAAGUACUUACCAUUAGUGCUGCCCCUUUAUCAGGCCCCACUACCAUAGCAACAGGAAAUAGUAGCAUAUAUGGAAUCCUUACAUGCUCAAGUCCCAUGAAUACCCAGAAUUCCAGAGUGACCCAAAGCAGUUAAUGCCGUCCGCUAGUCACCACAUGUUCAGAACAUUCCAGCCAUUUAACCUGUCUGUGUGUGUCAGUUUUACAUAACCCUCACCCCAGUAUCAAAUUAAUAUGUAUCUUAAAUCAUUGUUGAGGCAUACCCUUCUCUGUUGUAAUUAAAUGUACACUAAGUGUUACAUUGCAAUUGUAAAUAUGAAUUGACCUAUUUUUUAUAUGCUGUAUAAUAUAGAAUGUGUUCUGUAUUUUGCAUAUUGCCAUGAACUAUUUUUAACGGUGUACCUAUAAUGGUGUAUAACUAUACAGACUCGGUGUACAAACCACAAUGUGUUCAGAUAGAAGUCCUAGAUUUCUAUAAAUCUGGCAGCGAUUAGACAUUAGAAAAAAGACAAUGUGUUCAGAUUAAAAUCUUACAUGUCUGGCAGCAAAUAUCCUCAAAAAUCUUUACAAAGUAUGACCUAAACUUUUUUUAUUGUAUU